GGUGCCUCUGAGAAACUUGACUGUUCUUUUCACUCUUCAGUCUUCAGUCAGUGCUGUGUUGUGGUGCUACUAAAUUGACAGUGAGAGUCCAAAGUUUCAGUGAUUAAAACUGUGUUACACAGUCGGUUUUGUGACAUCUAACAACAAAAAUCAACACUUUUCCAGUGCUGGAUAAAAAAAUCAAGGAGUCCGUACCAAAAUAAGGACAAAAUGGGGGCUCUCUUCAGAAGUGAAGAGAUGGCUCUUUGCCAGCUCUUCAUUCAGCCUGAGGCAGCUUAUUCAGUAGUAGCAAGCUUGGGAGAAGCUGGGGUUGUCCAAUUCAGAGAUUUGAAUGCGGGGGUGAACGCAUUCCAGCGCAAGUUUGUGAGUGAGGUGCGGAGAUGCGACGAAAUGGAGCGUAAACUGCGUUACAUUGAAGCCGAGGUUCUGAAAGACAAGGUCAACAUACCUGAGUCGAACGAGUACCCUUUUGCGCCUAAUCCUCGAGAAAUUAUCGAUUUAGAGGCUCAUCUUGAACGAACUGAAAGUGAAAUUCUUGAAUCUAGUCACAAUGCUGUCAACUUGAAAUUCAAUUUCUUGGAGUUGACCGAAUUGAAACAUCUACUUCAGAAAACGCAUUCUUUUUUUCAAGAGACUGUUUGUUUCCAACAGCAAGAGGGCGCCGCGACGGGCAGCGAUUCGCAGGCUCUCAUCAGCGACGACGGUCAGACGCCGGCAAGUCGCGGACGGCUUGGGUUUGUAGCAGGAGUAGUUCCAAGGGAGCGAGUACCCGCUUUUGAACGCAUGCUGUGGCGUAUCUCAAGAGGCAACGUCUUCCUUCGUCAAGCUGAACUUGAAGUGCCACUUGAAGAUCCUAACACUGGCAACGAAAUCUUUAAGACGGUGUUUGUGGCGUUCUUCCAAGGCGAGCAGCUGAAGAGUCGCGUGAAGAAGGUGUGCUCUGGCUUCCACGCCUCAUUCUACCCCUGUCCCAGCUCCCACGAGGAACGCCUUGAAACUGUCAAAGGCGUCAAGACCCGGCUCGAGGACUUGAAUUUGGUGCUGAACCAGACCCAGGAGCACCGGAAGCGGGUGCUGACAGCCGUGGCCAAAGAGCUGCACAACUGGACUGUGAUGGUGCGCAAGAUGAAGGCCAUCUACCACACCAUGAACCUGUUCAACAUGGACGUCACCAAGAAGUGCCUCAUCGCCGAGUGCUGGGUCCCCGUCAAGGACCUCAACUUCAUUCGCAAAGUGCUCGCUGAUGGCGCCAAAGAGAUGGGCAGCUCGAUUCCGUCGUUUCUGAACGUGAUAGAGACGCCGGAGCUGCCUCCCACGUUCAACCGCACCAACAAGUUCACAGCCGGAUUCCAGCAUCUCAUCGACGCCUAUGGGGUGGCCACCUAUCGCGAGGUCAAUCCUGCUCUAUAUACAAUCAUCACUUUCCCGUUUCUGUUCGGUAUUAUGUUUGGGGAUGCCGGCCACGGACUCAUUCUGUUUAUUUUCGGUGCUUACAUGGUGCUCUAUGAAAAGAGUUUGAUGCGCAAAAAAUCUAACAAUGAGAUCUGGAACAUCUUUUUCGGCGGCCGCUACAUAAUUCUGCUGAUGGGUGUGUUCUCGUUCUAUACGGGCAUCAUCUACAACGACGUGUUCUCGAAAUCGCUGAACGUGUUCAAAUCGCAGUGGUCGGUGACGGGCUACAACCAUUCCACGGUCAUGACCAACCACUAUCUCCAGCUCAACCCCUCCACCGAGCAGUACAGUGGCCUGCCCUACACCAUCGGGCUCGAUCCUGUCUGGCAACUUGCUGAGGCCAACAAGAUCAUAUUCAUGAACUCGUUCAAGAUGAAGCUGUCAAUCAUUUUUGGAGUAGUGCACAUGAUUUUUGGUGUCAGCUUGAGUGUUGUCAAUCACUUGCACUUCAAACAGCCAAUGAACAUUAUCCUAGAAUUCAUCCCGCAAAUGAUAUUCCUGGUUCUUCUUUUCCUCUACAUGGUAGCUCUGAUGUUCACAAAAUGGAUCAUGUAUGGACCAACAAAUGCUUUUAUAAAAGGACCUGGCUGCGCCCCCUCUGUUCUGAUUACAUUCAUCAACAUGAUGCUGUUCAAGGAAAAUACUAAAGUGGAACAUUGUGGUGACGGAUACAUGUUCGAAAAUCAGAAAUACCUUCAGCUAUCCUUCAUGAUAAUCUCGCUGAUUUGUAUUCCGGUCCUGCUUCUCGGCAAACCAGUCUAUCUCAUUUUCUUCCAUAAGAAGAGUCCGCCCAAGAGUCAUUCAGCCAGCAACGGCGACCUGAACCAAGGCAUCGAGCUGCAACCGGACACGCAGCUGAACGGCGCCAGCAACGGUGACGGAGUAAUAGUGACGUCAGAGGGUGCUGAGGGGGGUGAGGAGGAGGAGGAGCCGGCAGUGGAGCUGUUCAUUCACCAGGCCAUCCACACCAUAGAGUAUGUGCUCAGCACUAUCUCGCACACUGCCAGCUACCUCCGCUUGUGGGCGCUUUCGUUGGCGCAUGCGCAACUGUCAGAGGUGCUGUGGAAUAUGGUGCUCCGUAAAGGACUGAAGUUUCACAGCAAUUGGGGCGCCAUCGCACUGACGGCCACUUUCUGUGCCUGGGCCAUUUUCACUCUGGCUAUCCUCGUCAUGAUGGAGGGCCUAUCUGCCUUCCUACACACCCUGCGUCUGCACUGGGUGGAGUUCAUGAGCAAAUUCUACACGGGCACGGGUUACGCCUUCGCGCCUUUCUCUUUCAAGAGAAUCCUUGAAACCGAGGAGGCUUCUGAAGAGUAAACAACUUGAAAGCAAUUUAGUUUUGAAAUGUAUAUUUUAUUAGUUUCAACUAGAUAAUAAUUCAACUUACGACUGGUCUGCUGUAGCAAUAUGUAGGGAAUGUUCUUUUGAUGAGCGAAAAGCUGAAACUCUAGACAGAAGAAAUAAUGAAUUUUCAUUUUCGAAUUGUCAGAAUAUAUCCCUUAGUGCCUUAAGCGUUGAAGCAUUGCAGUCCAAAAUCGUGAGCGUUUUUCAAAACAGGCCUAUAUUUCCCAGGAAAACCAUAAUCUCCACUAUUUCAAGUAGGUUUCGUUCUAAAAGCACUAUUAUUUUACAAAAUUCGACGUGUUUUCAUCCAUUAUGACUCACAAUGCAUUCACCCACCAACAAGAGUUUUAUUAUUUUAAAAAGUUUAUAUCCAGUAAAAUAAUGUAAUCAAACGUUAAGAUAUGUGGCUAGAGGUUUUCCACAGUUUGUAUAUCUAUUGAAAUAAGUCCAAUUACUCAUACAUAAAGCUAUGUGGCAAUUCUUCAAAGUAUUAUCUGUGAUAAUAGUUGAAUGAUAUACAGAAUAAACAAAUCUGAUACCAUUCCAUUAAAAUAGUUGUUUAAAUUGGAUUUUAAUGUUGAAAAUGUUCUAGAUUCUAUAUUUAUGGCUAAAAUAAAGUAAUGUGACUGUGUAUUCUAUUGAGCAAUAAAAUAUUAUUAUAAAAUAAUCAUUUAAAAUAAUUGUAUACAAUUUUAAUGGUCAAGCUUUCUAUCCAUAAUUGUAAAUUAUUCGCAUUAUUUUGUUUUGUUUUUCACCAAUUUAUUUAAAAUAUUGGGUUCCAUUCGAUUGAAUACUAUAUCAUAUUCAAUAAUAAGCCUACGUCAUAAUUAUAAUAAUUCAAACUAUUAUUUUAAACGCUAUCACAAUAAAGUAAAUAAUUUCAUGAACCCAUUCAUUAAAACUAUCACAACAUCACUAUAAUCGUCAGUUAUUGUUGAAUCAAUCGCUAUAACCUUCCUAAUCACACAAAAUUACAUCACAUUCAAACAUUUUCAAAGGAAUAAUUGGAAUUUAAAAAAUUAUUAUCUUUUAUUAUAUUAUUGUCAUCGUCCAUAAUUAUUUUGUUCAUAUCAUUAUUCUAUCUCCAUUAACUAUGUGUAAGGCUUCAAUGAUGUAUUUCUAAACUUUGAGUUCUAGAUUUGUUAAGUAUGCAUUUGUUAGCAGUAUUUUGAUCCUGUAUUCAAUUAAGACCAACUGAUUCUGGUUAAUUGAUUCAUUUCAUUGAAAUAUUAAUUGUCUCAUUAGGCUACUGGUGAAUAAAUUUUGAAGCAAGAGUA